ACUAGGAAUAAAUUAUUAUUUGAAUACUAUCUACAUGACAAAAUAAAUUAAGGUUUGGCCGUUUUCAAACAACAGCACCAGGACCAGACAAGGGAAUAACAUAAGGAUGGAAGAAUUUGAAGAUGGUGACGCUCCUCCGGUUGACGAUCGGGUUCAAUGCAAUACCUGUAAAAGAUGUUUCUUCCCCAAAGUCCUGGAGAAGCAUGCAAAAAUUUGCCAAAAAUCAACAGCUAAAAAGAGGAAGGUUUUUGACUCCAGCAGACAGAGAGCUGAGGGAACUGACAUCCCUGUACUGAAACCCAUCAAACCAAAGUCACAAAGUUCAUCUGCUACUGAAAGAGCAGAACCCCCGAAGAAGCCAUCAAAUUGGCGCAAGAAACAUGCAGACUUCAUUGCCACCAUCCGGGCUGCCAAGGUCCUCAAUCAGGUUAUGAAGGAUGGGGGACCACUGCCCCCACCACCUCCUCCUACUUAUGACCCAGACUAUAUCCAGUGUCCUUACUGUCAGAGGAGGUUCAACCAGAGUGCAGCUGACAGGCACAUCAAAUUCUGUCAGGAACAGGCUGCCCGAAUGCCCAACAAAAGCAAGUUAGGAGAUGCCAAGAAGCCUCCAAGUCGCACACAGUACAAGCCUCCUGCUUCCGUAAAGAAGGCCAACACUCCUGCUGUAUCAACCAUCCCUGCAGCCUCCUCCCGUUUACCCCAGAGAUCAGGCCUCGGUCAGGCCACUGGUAUCCCAUCUAGCAAGGCCUCCUCAGCAGGAACAGUGAAGAAUAAUCCCUCUGGGCUCACAAGCCCUCCCUCAGGUGUGGGAAGUAAGACCCGAGUAGCAAGCUCUGGCUACGGAUCUAUGAGGAACACUGGUCUCAACAAGAAGAAAGUAGACACCUACAUAUCUAGGAAUGAUAUUGAUGACGGGAACGACGUUGGGAAUGGCGGAACGAAGAGCAAGUUUUGUCACGCUUGUGGGACAAAGUACCCUGUUGAAUCUGCCAAAUUCUGCUGCGAGUGUGGGGUCAGGAGGAUGUGCAUUUGACAGCAGUCAAAAGAAAAAUAAAGUAGAGGGAAAGGAGAGAUGUACCAAUCCUGAAAUUAGUGUCACAGAUUUUCCCUUAAGGUAGUAAAGAGAGGAAAAAAAAAACCCAAUUAUAUCCAUCUUUAUUUUCCCACACAGAUCUUAUUUCUUGGCAGUGAAGGUGCUGUGUGCAGACACACUGAAUAAUAUCCAAAUUCUGAACAGUACAGCCCACAUUUCUUUGCAUAUCUUACCAAAAGCAGUGCAGUUCAUUACAGGCUGACUGAUCGCUGUGGUGAACAGAUCUGGUACAAAGGUCAGUUAACCUGGAAGGGUUUAAGACACCAGUGCCUGAUGUGGCUUUUACAAGUAUAACCCAUGAGUAGCUUUUCUUUCACUGCUCGAUCUGCUCACAGCAUUGCUGCUCUUUCCAUUAGCUUAUAAAAUGAGCAUUGCUGCCAUGAAACUAGAGCCCAUAGAGAGUCUGAGAAUAGAUAUUUUCAGUGAAGGGGAAGGUGGUUGGGAAAUAAAAGGUAAGACUUAUAAAGGAUAUUCGGUAAAUGCUAUUAGUGCGUCUUUAGAAGGGAGUCGAUGAGAGAUGAGUGAGAGUCGAUACAGACUUAAAAGCGGGUUGAAAAAGUAAAGGAAACGUGUUGGGUGGCUGAUUAGAGGUGAGGGUAAUUGCCCCUGUAUCAUAAUAAUUCAGCCCAUGAUUUGAAAUGCAUUCCUUAAUCCCACCUGUCUCCGCAUUGAUGUGCAAUAAUGAUGACUACUGAAGAAAGCAGUGCGGUUUUCUAAAGAUAAUUGCCUCUAAUUUUUCUUAUCGCCCUGUUUUGAUAGGAACCAGCCCCCCCAAAAAAUGUCGUUUGUACAGGCCAGUGCUCCCUUUAAGGGCACUCCACAGGCAAAAUUUCUCACAUUACACACAAAUGUAGCAUUUACUCAUUCCCUUUAUUCCCAUUCAUUUUAUACAGUUAUUUAUUUUCUUAUUCCCUUUCAUUUUUAUGGACUGAACAGUGAUUGUACGUUUGUUUUUUUUUGUUUGUUUGUUUUUAAUGCUCUAUAGAAUGAAAAUGUGUUUUAUUUAGAUUUGUAUGAAACCUAAAUGCACCUGGAUGUGUUGAAAUUGCUUUAUUUCUUUACAGUGUUUUUACUGAGUCAGUGUUCAGUGCAUUUAGGUAUUUAGGAUCAAAAGUACGGUGACCCUAAAGACAUCUAGCUGUCGACCUUUGCUCGAUUACCCCCACAUAUGUAAUUUGCUGGUGGGACUUGAAGAGAGGAAACCCUCUCCUUGAGGUGCAUGAUUAAUUUAAGACAUUUAACAGCAUUUAUUUAUCUAAGUAAGGCAUUUAUUGCCGAACUGUAUUUAUGUGACACGAUGGGAAAGGUUUAAGUGGAAUGGAGGCCUGUUUUUUUUCCUAUGCUGAUAAGAUCAGGUGUUGGCCUGGAUAUGAUUGUGCACUUAAUGCUGUGUAUAUCCACCAUCAAUAAAUUUUGAAGACAGCUGUAA